CCUGAAUUGUUCAAACUCCUUCGGAAGAACACCAGUCAUGGCAGCAGCAAUGGCCGGCCACCACGCCGUAUACGACCUCUUUGUUAGCAAGGGUGCUCUCUGGAUGUGACGGACAAGGAUGGUUGCAAUAUUCUUCAUCUAGCGUGCAAGACAGGGAGAACACUCCUUAUUGAGAACCUUCUCAAGCAACGUGACAUUGAUAUAAAUUCCAAGGAUAAGACUAACAAGAGUGCAGUAAUGCAUGCAGUUGAAGGAGGACAUCUGGAAGCCUUCAUGGUAUUAAGAGACAAAUGUGACCUUCUUUGUAAAGAUGAUGAUGGCAACAAUUUGCUACACCUCGCCUGCAUUGGUGGGUGUGUAGAUAUUGUUGAACUUUUCAUCAGCUCAGGUUCCUUUGACUUAGACUCUAGGAAUCUUUACGGCAGGACUCCAGCAAUGGUUGCUGCCAGUGCUGGCCAUAGGGACAUACAUCUUGUCUUGAGGAAGCGAGGAUUCGACUUCGAUGCAAUAGAUACCAAGGGUCGUUCGUGUUUCUGCUGUGCUUGCAUAGGUGGUAACAUUGACAUUGUUUCCGAUUUGCUGCAGCACAACAGACAGUUUCUGUAUCACCGCGAUGCUCGAGGACGCACGCCAACUAUGCAGGCUGCAGAGCACGGACACAUGAAGGUGCUGGUCUUCCUGCUGGAUAAUGGGGGAGACAUUUCAGAACAAGAUGAUAACGGCAACACCCUCCUCCACGUUGCUUGUUGUGCAGGUAAUGAGGGGAUCGUGAGAGCCUUUCUAAGUGGGAAUACUGACGUCAACCAACGUGGUCAUCUGGGGAGGACACCGAUAAUGAUGGCGGCUAUGAGUGGCCACAAGCGAGUGUUCAACCUCUGUCUGACACAGCCGUGUCUUUUGUCGACAAAGGAUUACCAUGGCAACAACUUCUUACACGCGGCAUGCAUCGGAGGAAAUGUUCAGAUUGUUCAGUGGCUUUUGUUGCAAAACCUGUUUGACAUAAAUUCGAGAGGUGAAUCAGGAAAGACACCCAUAAUGAUGGCUGCUGAACAUGGCUGGCUAGAAGCCUUCAAUCUGCUGGUCAAGGAAGGAAGUGAUCCCGACAUUUUGGAUGAAAGAGGCAACACUAUUCUUCAUGUGGCAUGUAUAGGCGGUAAUGUUGCAAUAGUGAGACACCUCUUGUCGCAGUGUAGUCUUGGUGUGGACUGCAGAGGGGAGACAGGCAGAACGGCUGUCAUGUGGUCAGCGAUUGGUGGUCACAUGGAGUUGUUGACACAUCUCGUACAAACAGGAGCUGACCUGUCCCUUAAAGAUGAUGACAAUAAUAACAUCUUUCAUCUUGCAUGUCUAGGAGGAAGCGUGGAGGUCUGUAAUCUUCUUCUGAAUCUAGCCGCGGAUGUGUGUGACCUUGCGUCAAGAGGAAGAAAUGGUAGAACACCUAUAAUGAUGGCAGCAAUCAAAGGUCAUUUAAAAGUGUUCGAGCUACUUAUAAGUAAAGGAUGCAGUCUUUCAGAACUGGAUGAUAAUCGUGACAGCACCCUCCAUCUGGCGUGCCUGGGGGGCAAUGAAGCAAUUGUCCAAUACCUUCUGCUGCAAGAUGUAGACCUAAACAGGAAAGGACGCCAUGGAAGGACCCAAGUGAUGCUUGCGGCCUGGAAGGGCCAUGUCCAAGUGUACUUCCUGCUUGCGAAGCAGGGGUGUCAUCUUACGGGUGAAGACGCUUACGGGGACAACAUCCUGCAUCUCGCAUGUCGGGGCGGCAGACCAGAUAUAGUGGAACAUCUGAUCUCUCGCGGAUACGGAAACACCGAGAGCAGGGGCCAGUAUGGAAGGACGCCCGUUAUGAUGGCUGCUGGGAAGGGAUGCAAACAGGUCGUGGAUUUACUCAUCGACAACAGAUGUGAUCUGACUGCCGUGGAUAGUAAUGGAAACACUGUCCUUCACCUUGCUUGUCUCAGUGGUAAAGCCUGGUUUGUCAAAUAUCUCCUCUCUAAGACCACAGUGGAUGCUUUACAGGAAAAUGAUUCCAAACUGUCCCCAGACAGCGUGGCGAGGUACUGUGGACAGAGGGAGGUGUUCAAACUGCUACAGCGGGGCUCCCGGUAAGCCUAGUGAAACAUGCGCUGUAAACUGACCAGACAGCGUGGCGAGGUACUGUGGACAGAGGGAGGUGUUCAAACUGCUACAGCGGGGCUCCUGGUAAGCUUAGUGAAACAUGCGCUGUAAACUGACCAGACAGCGUGGCGAGGUACUGUGGACAGAGGGAGGUGUUCAAACUGCUACAGUGGGGCUCCCAGUCGGCCUAGUCAAACAUGCGCUGUAAUCUGACAACAUUAUGUAGAAAAGAAUUCAAACAAAGCCGGUUUAGGUGGUUCUAUAGUGCACUGUGUAAGAACAUAGUGGUAACUGGUCUGUGAUUUGUCACAAAUAUGCUAUAUCCUUCUGACAGUUGGUGUUACCACUUUAGUUCGCAUCAUUGCAGGAUGGUUUUCUUCUCUGCUUAAUAAGCCCUGUCGAGCGUAAUUUGAAGGUACUGUGCGUUACAACGUUCAUGGGCUCUGCCACUGUGACGUCAUAACUGCGACGUCAAUAUGCACAUUUAUAUUGAACACAAUACAAUGGUGCCUUCAUCUUUAUUGAAUAAUAGUUAUUAUGCACUAGUAUUACUUUGGUGGGAGUUAAAUACCGCAGUGAGGACAACUCAAGUGAUGCGAACGGGGUAAUUGUUGCAAGCCAACGACGGAGUGAGUGAGUGAUCAUAAAUACGACGAUGUGUCAGCUUGAUGUUGGAGGAAAACCGGAAGUGAUGAGUACACUAGUUUGUCACUGAACGGGCACGGGCUAACAUACUCAGGGCGAAUAUAAGGUACGAAAUUGAGUGAUUGUGGAGUAGUCAACCGUAACAUGAUUCGUGACAAUCAAUGUGUCAUGCAACAGAUUGGUAUCGGGAUAUCAGAGUGUCUAUACAACGAGAAGGACAUACAUUGACUGGAAGUCACUCAUGAAAACAGUGAUAGGAAGACACACAUCGAAGCAUGUACAGUGAUUAGGAGUAGCAUGGCAAACAUGUACAGUGAACUGGAAGGUUAUGUGUCUAUGCGCCAUGCAUUCGGCAGGAAAACACCCUAAUCCCUGUUAAUUUCAGGUUUUGCGCGGUGGAUCCAGAUGGUCUCCAUCAAUUUUCUUUUCCGCCAAUCACUGCUGUUGAAAAAAUGUCAGUGUCACCCAAAUUGAUGGUAUGGCUGGGAUUUCUGACCACGUGUUCUGAUAAGACUGGUUUCAUGUCAGAAUUUCUUUGCAUAAACAUACCGUUAUCUCAAUCAAAACAUAUCACUUAAUCUCCUUGAUCUCUGUACAUCCUAAUCUUUAAUUCCAUCUCACCGGCCUCCUGUACGUACUAGAUAUUUUGCUCGUAAUCAUAUUCUGUCAUUCGCCUGAUGACGAAAGGGCAAGGAGUAGCCCAGAAACGUCGUGUUGUAAAUUAUAAAGAAGUUGUAAAUCCAUGCCAUACAUUGUUAUGUUACUUCUACAUACCCACCAAGCAUCUUCUCGUCACGAUAUGGUUGAAACAAAGCCCAUGUGAAUUUUAAUUGCAUGUAAGUAGAGUGAAAUUGGCUGUGUGUUUUAAUCCCAAUCUAACUAUAUAUAUCUAACUGACUGUAUACCUGUGUACUGUAAACGUGUGUAUGUAAUCCUAAUAGGACAUUAUCUUCAUAAAUGUUGAAUCACAUAUGUUCAAUAAAGACUUUGACUUGUAUUCACA